CGCGCCCCACUCCCUCCGCGUUCCGGGCCCCAUGGAGCUGCUGGCCGCAGCCUUCAGCGCUGCCUGCGCCGUGGACCACGACAGCUCCACCUCGGAGAGCGACGCACGCGACUCGGGGACGGGGCACCUGCCCGGCAGCGAGUCCUCCUCCACCCCUGGAAAUGGGACCACACCCGAGGAGUGCCCAGCCCUGGCCGACAGCCCCACCACCCUCACCGAGGCCCUGCAGAUGAUCCACCCCAUUCCUGCCGACUCCUGGAGAAACCUCAUCGAGCAGAUAGGGCUCCUAUAUCAGGAAUACCGAGACAAAUCCACUCUCCAAGAAAUUGAAACGAGGAGGCAGCAGGAUGCGGAAAUCCAGGGCACUGAGGACGGGUCCCCAGCUGGCGAGGAUACCCCUGAGGAUGAGGAAGAGGAGGAGGAGGAGGAGGAGCCAGCGAGCCCGCCUGAGAGGAGGCCCCUGCCCCAGAUCUGCCUGCUCAGCAACCCUCAUUCGAGGUUCAACCUGUGGCAGGACCUCCCUGAGAUCCGGAGUAGCGGCGUGUUGGAGAUCCUGCAGCCCGAGGAGGUCAGACUGCAGGAGGCCAUGUUCGAGCUGGUCACCUCUGAGGCCUCCUACUACAAGAGCCUGAACCUGCUGGUAUCCCACUUCAUGGAGAACGAGCGGCUGAAGAAGAUCUUGCACCCGUCCGAAGCCCACAUCCUCUUCUCCAACGUGCUGGACGUCAUGGCUGUCAGCGAACGGUUCCUCUUGGAGCUGGAGCACCGGAUGGAGGAGAACAUCGUCAUCUCCGAUGUGUGCGACAUCGUGUACCACUACGCAGCUGACCACUUCUCGGUCUAUAUCACCUACGUCAGCAACCAGACCUACCAGGAGAGGACGUACAAGCAGCUGCUACAGGAGAAGACAGCUUUCCGGGAACUGAUCGCACAGCUGGAGCUUGACCCCAAGUGCAAGGGCCUGCCCUUCUCCUCCUUCCUCAUCCUCCCCUUCCAGAGAAUCACCCGCCUCAAGCUGCUCGUCCAGAAUAUCCUGAAGAGGGUGGAAGAGAGGUCAGAACGUGAGUGCACCGCGCUGGACGCCCACAGGGAGCUGGAGAUGGUGGUGAAGGCGUGCAAUGAAGGCGUCAGGAAGAUGAGCCGCACGGAGCAGAUGAUCAGUAUUCAGAAGAAGAUGGAGUUUAAGAUCAAGUCUGUCCCCAUCAUCUCGCACUCCCGCUGGCUGCUAAAGCAGGGUGAGCUGCAGCAGAUGUCGGGCCCCAAGACCUCCCGCACCCUGCGCACCAAGAAACUCUUCCGGGAAAUUUACCUCUUCCUCUUCAAUGACCUGCUGGUGAUCUGCCGGCAGAUCCCAGGGGACAAGUACCAGGUGUUCGACUCCGCCCCACGGGGCCUGCUGCGUGUGGAGGAGCUGGAGGACCAGGGCCAGACGUUGGCCAAUGUUUUCAUCCUGAGGCUGCUGGAGAACGCCGACGACAGGGAGGCCACCUACAUGCUGAAGGCAUCCUCUCAUGGGCCAUGUCCUCUUCCCUGUGCCAGGAGUGAGAUGAAGCGUUGGAUGACCUCUCUGGCCCCCAACAGGAGGACUAAGUUCGUUUCCUUCACGUCCCGGCUGCUGGACUGCCCACAGGUGCAGUGCGUGCACCCGUAUGUGGCCCAGCAGCCAGACGAGCUGACGCUGGAGCUGGCGGACAUCCUGAACAUCCUGGAGAAGACGGAAGACGGGUGGAUCUUUGGCGAGCGUCUACAUGACCAGGAGAGGGGCUGGUUCCCCAGCUCCAUGACUGAGGAGAUCCUGAACCCCAAGAUCCGCUCCCAGAACCUCAAGGAGUGCUUCCGAGUGCACAAGAUGGAGGACCCUCAGCGCAGCCAGAAUAAGGACCGGAGGAAGCUGGGCAGCCGGAAUCGGCAAUGACCUCCACUGUAGUUGCCAGCCUGAUGCAAGGAUGUGGGCAGAGGAGCAGGCUGGUGGGGGCCGCAACAGACACAGAGGGCUCCUGGGUUCUUGGGAAGGACAGGUCAGGGCCACCCCAGGCCAGGUGCACGUCCCAUCCCUGCCCACACAGUGAGUGUCCGAGUGUCUCUGCCCUUGCUGGCACUGAUGUACAGGCUGAGAUGGUGCCUGCCUGACCAUCUGCAGAAGAGGAGUGUCAGGUGGUGUCACAUCCACCCCCCUGGUCUCUGGGGGCCUCUGGGUACUGGCAGAGGCCCAGAGCCAGGUGUCCCUGGUGGGGUCAGGCGGAAGGUGAGGACUGUUGUGAUCCCUGCACUGCACGUGUCCUUCCCCACCAGGCACCCAGAGGGCCACCCUUGCCUGACAGCUUCCAAGCGGCCCUUGGUCUCCGGCUACUGGGACGAGACCAGCCGCCUCCAUCCCCCUCCAGCGCCUCGGCCACCCUGGCCACAUAGCAGCCCACUCCACACAGGCCCAGCAGGGCUUGGCUGAGUGCCCACCUCUGGCUUCUCCGCAGCCAGCGUGACUUGUGUUUUCUGGCCCCUUUGGAAGCCCAGGUGUCUUAUGGAAUGAAUUGGUCACUGCAUCCUGUAUGGUUAUGGUUCCAAGAAAAGCAAAUUCCAUUUUUGGCUGCAUUAAAGAAGCAUCAUGU